GUCCUUCGGGGUCCGGGUCCGGCUUGCGGGGCCAGCGAACUGGAGAGGCGCCAUGGGCUGGAGUAAGGCCCCUCCACCUUCCGUCCUCGAUCGUUCCCCUUGUGGACAUCGUCCCGGGUCCCGUGGGAUCCUUGUCGCCAGCACCAGCCCCGCGCUGUCGGUUCCCCGGCGCCCGGGCGGACCCCAGCCCCACCCGGCCCUCCGCCCCGCAGCCCCGGCUGCGCCAGGUCCUCUGCAGACUGGCCGGGCAGCCUGGCCUUUUCCAGCUCAGGUUCCUAAUCUGUAAAAUGGGCAGGGCCGUGGGAAGCAGAGGAAGAGGCAGAAAGGCACUGGACUCCAGGAAAGGGGGUCGGAGAAGGUGCAGGGUAUUUGGCGUUAUUCCGGCCAAGCGACUCCUUACUCGCUGUGAACGUGGGCCAGUCACUGUCUCCAAGCCGCAAUCUUCGGACUCAUUCCGUAAGGCAGUGUAGCCUAGCGGUGGAGGGUCCCGACUCUGGAGCCAGGGUUGAAGUCCUCCCUCUUCCUGUGACUUUGAGCGAGUGACUUCACCCCUUGGGCCUCAGCUUCUUCAUCUCCAAAAUAAAGGCAAUCCUAGUACUGUUUUAGACACAGUAAGUGUUAUAAACGUGUUUUGUUGUUGCUGUUGUUAUUUUUGUUUGAGACGGAGUCUUGCUCUGUCGCCAGGCUGGAGUGCAGCGGCGUGAUCUCAGCUCACUGCAGCCUCCGCCUCCCAGGUUCAAGCAAUUCUCCUGCCUCAGCCUCCUGAGUAGCUGGGAUUACAGGCGUGUGCCACCACGCCAGGCUAAUUUUUGUAUUUUUAGUAGAGACGGGGUUUCGCCAUAUUGACCAGGGUGGUCUCGAGCUCCUGACCUCAGGCGAUCCACCCGCCUCGGCCUCCCAAAGUGCUGGGAUUACAGGCGUGAGCCACCGCGCCCGGUCGUAAACGUGUUUCUUAAAAAAUAUACUAACAGACUGCAAGGUGAUGCGGUCACAGAAGAUCUUAUUAGACGGAAUGCUGAACACAAUGACUGUGUCAUUUUUUCCCUGGAGGAACUCUCCUUGCAUCAGCAAGAAAUAGAAAGACUCGAACACAUUGAUAAAUGGUGCCGGGAUUUAAAAAUUCUCUAUCUUCAAAAUAAUCUUAUUGGGAAAAUUGAAAAUGUUAGCAAACUCAAGAAACUUGAAUAUUUGAAUUUAGCUUUAAACAACAUUGAAAAAAUAGAAAACUUGGAAGAUGUCAUCUAUUGACUUCCCAGUGUGGAAGAUGCAGAUUUUGUUCUCUCACACCAUCCACAAAGUUCUCAAUUUUCUCCUACCCACCCUCUGUGUAUUUUCAUAUAACAUUGACAGGAUAUCAUAAUGAAAUAUCGGAUAUGGACCCAUUUACAGGGACUGGUCUUUUGAAUUAACUCUGUGUUGGGAGGAGAUGUUACACUUGCUGCCCAAGUCUCCCACAUCUAAUCUCUGGCCUUUCUUAUCCCACCUGCCUCCUCCCGCCUUCUUCCAAGCUGGUCUGCCCGUCUCCACCUGUGUCAUGAAUUCUGGGCAGGAUGCGAAGAGCUGGCAAAACUUGACUUGACUGUAAAUUUCAUUGGAGAGCUGAGCAGCAUUAAAACCUUGAAGCACAAUAUCCAUCUGAAAGAGCUCUUUCUCAUGGGGAACCCAUGUGCUUCCUUUGACCACUAUAGAGAGUUCGUGGUAGCAACUCUUCCACAAUUAAAGUGGUUGGAUGGUAAAGAAAUAGAGCCUUCAGAAAGGAUUAAGGCAUUGCAGGAGUAUUCAGUCAUUGAACCACAAAUCAGAGAGCAGGAAAAAGAUCACUGUCUUAAACGAGCCAAACUCAAGGAAGAGGCUCAGAGGAAACACCAAGAAGAGGCUAAAAAUGAAGACAAGAGAAGUAACGCAGGCUUUGGCGGACGCUGGGACACAGACAUCAAUGCUACUCUUUCCUCUUUAGAGAGCAAAGACCACCUACAGGCACCAGACACAGAGGAACACAACACAAAGAAAUUGGACAACAGUGAAGAUGACUUGGAAUUCUGGAAUAAGCCCUGCUUGUUUACUCCUGAAUCGAGAUUGGAAACUCUUAGACACAUGGAAAAACAACGGAAAAAUCAGGAAAAAUUAAGUGAAAAAAAGAAGAAAGUGAAACCACCCAGGACUUUGAUCACUGAAGAUGGGAAAGCCCUAAAUGUAAAUGAGCCCAAAAUUGACUUCUCUUUGAAAGACAGUGAAAAGCAGAUCAUCCUGGACCUUGCUGUCUAUAGGUAUAUGGAUACCUCUUUAAUCAAUGUUGAUGUGCAACCAACUUACGUGCGAGUAAUGAUCAAGGGAAAGCCAUUUCAGCUUGUCCUUCCUGCAGAAGUGAAACCCGAUAGCAGUUCUGCUAAAAGAUCUCAGACAACAGGUCAUUUGGUCAUCUGCAUGCCCAAGGUAGGCGAAGUAAUCACAGGUGGUCAACGAACGUUCACAUCUGUGAAAACUACCUCGGACAGGAGCAGUGAAUACAUAAAUACAAGAAGCAAGCACAUGGAGAAACUAGAAGUAGACCCUAGCAAGCACUCAUUCCCUGAUGUGGCUAACAUAGUUCAAGAGAAAAAACACACACCCAGAAGACGACCUGAACCCAAAAUUAUACCAAGCGAGGAAGACCCAACCUUUGAAGACAACCCUGAAGUGCCUCCGCUGAUUUGAGAUAUCUGACUGCGUUGCCACUGGCUGAGACCCACCAGGUCCAGUUUUGGUUGGUGUAGAGACCACAUGCAUAUUAUUCCUAGGAUUAACACAGAGUUAUUUGUCAGUAUCGCUACUCCAGUGUUUUAACUCUUACUUUGCAAAGUAAUAUCCUUAAGCUAGCUUAAAAUUAAAAAUGUAUGUCUUAAAUGCUAUAACUCAUCAUUUCCCUAUAAUAAAGGGUUGGUGUUGAAAAUGUUUAGUAAGAUCAUAGAACUAUUGCAAAAAACAUUGAUUAUAAAUCCCAAAAUUGUCUACUUACACAAAGUAUUAAUUCAUAGAUAAAAGGACUGAGUAUUAAAUUGGUACUUUAGCAAACUGGUCAAGCUUAGAAGUUAAAACUGUAAUUUCAGACCAAUUGGAAUACUUUAGUAUGAUUUUAAACAGCAUUUCCAUUUUCCUUCUCAUGAUGUGUCUACUUUCUCUGGUGGCAUGGCAUAAUGGCAAGAAUAUGAGUUUUUAAAUCAGGCACCCUGUGUUUGGAUUUCAGCUCAAUCACUUUGUAAAGACCUUCAGUAAGUCCUUUAAUUCUCUGAGCCUUAGUGACUUCAUGUAUAAUCUGGGAAUAAUAACACUUGCCUCACAGGUUUGUCUCAAGAUAAACGGCAGAAAGCACUUAGUACAGUGUCAGCCAUUCAUUGAGAGCCUUCUCUCUCUCCUUCUUCCAUUUCUCCUCUCUCUCCUCCUCCCCUUCUCCUUUCUCUCCUCCUCCCUGCUCCUUCGUCUCCUCCCUCCCCAAUUACUUUUCUCCCCUUAUUCUCUUUCUUCACCUUUUUACUCCCCAUCCCACUCUUCCUCCUCUAUUUCCUUCUUUACUUUUUAAAUAUCUUACCUCUUCUUUAUCUAGAACAUUAUGAAUUCAAUAUUUCACAUACAUUGUAGGACAAAUUACUGUUACUCUGAUCAUGAUAUAGCAGCAUUUAAAUCAGUUUCCCCAAAUAUUCAUUCAACAAAUACUUAUUGAGCAACUAUUGAGUGCUAGCCCCCUCUCCGUUCAUCAGGGAUUUAGUAGUAACAAAGCAGACAAAUACACACACACAGACUAUGUCAGGUGGUGUUCAGAGCUGGGAAGGAGGGUCAGAGUGAGGGGAUCAAGGGUGAUGGGUGCUUUUUCAGACAGGGCCAUUCUCUAUUAAACAGGCUUCCAGUGGAAGACUCUGCUAAUGUUUAGCAGAUAACCAAAAUGCAUCAGUUAGAAAAAAUGUGCUGAGAAUGAGGGACUGGUUAUAGGAAUGCAAUUGGACAAAAAUGUGGGAAGAGCUGUGUAGUGAAGCUCUGAAAGGGAGAGGUAGAGAACUGGAAGAAGAAGCAUUGGUGCAGGUAGACAAUUUAGAACUUGCACAGAAUCUGAGAAGCUGAAGUAGGACUGUGACUGGGAGCUUGUGGAGAGGUCUAUGGAAAUUAUCAUGCUGUUGAAAUUGUUGUCUCUAUUUAUCUGCUACCCCUCUGGUCCAUGGCCAAGAUCCUGGUGGGUGAGCUUGAAGCCAGUCUUCGUCAGCAGGCCUGCAGUAAGAAAGAUGGGAUGGACACACAGCGGUGGAUAUCCAGGGUCAGCUGCAGCAGGCUGACCCUCUGCAUCUCUCCAUCACUGCAACUGAUGGAGAUGACUGAGUGUAACACCUUUCUUCAUGGUCAACUCUACCCAGGAACCACAUAGGGAAGGAAAUUCUGGAAAAUGGUUCCCAGCCUUAGCCGACUUGACAUAUUAUAAUCCAGAACUCAAACUCUACCAACUUGGAAAUCAUGUACAUUUGUCAGGACUGUAUUUAACUUCCACAUAAAGAGAAAGCAAAAUUAUACUUUUGACCAAACUAAUACAAUUAUCCGUUAAACAAACAAAACUGUG